GCUCGGCGGGUGGUACCCAAUCUCCCGCCUCUCCCAUCAGGCCCGCUCUCAAUCUUGCAGGAGCGCUGAUGCGUACCCCAGAAGUUGUGUUGAAUGUCUCUGACCGGCUUUCGUGAGUGUUACAUGAGCUACAGUGGAGAGAGAGAGAGAGAGAGAGAGAGAGAGAGAGAGAGAGAGAGAGAGAGGUAGGUUAUCGAAGAUUGGUUAUUCGGAACAGGAUCGGCAUCAGUUGAACCAGGGGAGGCGAUGAAUGUGUCGACGCACAGGAUGAGAAGAGGGAGUGAGGGUGAUGGGGAGACGGAGUGACGGUGAUCAGGAGAGGGAGGGAGGAUGAUCAGGAGAGGGAGGGAGGGUGAUCAGGAGAGGGAGGGAUGGGGAUGAGGGAGAGAGGUGACGGUGACAAGAGGCGAGAACGGAAGUCGACGGAUCACAGGGAGUGCUCCAAUGCGUGAGGACUCGAGUGGAGGCGAGGAGGACGGGGAGGAGGACGGGGAGGAGGACGGAGGAGAACAACCAGUGGACUGACCGACAAGGACUGCCGAGAAUCCCUCGGUGUAGGUCGCAAUUCUUCCCAGCAGUCAAUUCCGAGCAAUUGUUUUUGCAAUUCUACCCAGCAGUCCCAGCUGCUGUUCGGCGGUCUCAAGGGAGAUUGGCAUACACAAAGAAAUAACAGGGGGUGCGUGGUGCUCCUCCGCGGCGAUUCAGGGUCAUCACCCGUCUCUCCGUGCGCCCCGAUGAAUACGUCAGCGAUUCCGUACUUGUCUUAUCCUUCGUGGUGUGCUGCUUGAUUUUCUUCCGUGCCGCAAGUCGGCUUGCGAGUGAGAGGGGUGCUAGCUGCGGAGGUGGAGACCGCUCGAGGGUGCGGUACAGGGCCUCUCUGUCUCUCUCUCUCUCUAACCCACGAGCCUGCACGUAUGCUCCACGUGUUUUCAUCUGGCGGCGCCAUCGCGGUGUACACCGUCCGUUCACUCACGUUCUUCCUCGCCGACUCGCGUGCAUGUUCCCCCUCUUCCGCUCUGACCUGUCCUUGGUCCUCUUUACCGUAUUUCCCGCCUUUCACACCACCAAGCUUGGCAGCUUCACUCUUUCUUUCAAUCAUCUGGUCCCAUGUUGUCGGUCCACUCAGGGGCGUGUAAGAUCUCCUUCCAAACUGCGCUAGCGCGCUGCCCUAGAUUUGCAGCUCUCCGGCAUGCUCGGGGCUUAGUGGAGGUGGAGGUUGCAGGUAUUAUGUCCAUUGCCACCUUGGUUAUUCCUUCAUCCCAGUCCCAAUACCUCGGGUACUGAUUAUCCUUAUCAUUUGCUACCCACGGGGCGGAGCGGAGAGCGAGGGCGGGACGGCAAGGUGGGGAAAGAGGGGAGGAGAGAAGAGGAACGGUUGAGUCUGGGGCCCCGCUCAUCAACGGAGGGAGGGGAUUCGGAUCGAGAGCAUCACCCUGGAACGCGGUGCUUCGCCUGCCACGUGGUCCAUCGGACGGGCGAGCCGUCUGACAUCGUCUAGUGUGGCUAUUAGCGAUGGCGAUGGAGAACAAUGUAGCUGACGUGGCGGAGAGAAUCGCGCAUUUCAGGGAGAUAACCGGUGUGACUGAUCCUGAGCAAUGUUCACAAAUCUUGGAAGCCCACGGUUGGGAUCUGGACCAGGCUGUCAACACUGUUCUUGCAGUGAGUGACGGGGAUGUCUAUGAUAGAAGAGGAGCGGAUGAGACGGAACAGCUUCUGGGAGUUGACGGGCUUGGCGGGAGUAGGAUCAGGGGGAGCGCGCCGCCUGGGCAGGACUUGUUUGUGGACGGCGGCGGGAAUGUCUGGGCGGGUCGGGGGGAAACUGCGAACGGGACAGCGAUCCUUAACGGUUACGCAGGGGGAGGGCUCUAUGAGAGACGUAAUGGCGGCAGAGGAGCCGGGGGUGGUGGGGUUGGCGGGACGUCGGCGGAGGCGGGGCCCGGAGCUGCAACAGGCAGCGGCAGCUUGGCUGCAUCAUCAUCAGCGUCCGCUGCUUCCGGGGGACUGGUUUGGAGGUUACUGACCCUGCCUGGCGCCGUUGUUUGGGGCGGCUUAGGCCUCGUUACGGGGGUAGUAGGUCUGGGUUUUCGAUUUGCGCGCGGCGGUCUUAGUCUAGGGAUGAGCACGUUAGGGAGUUUGGCGGGAAUGAUAGGUGUGGGCAGCGCCGGCGGUUACGAUCGCGUCCCUUCUCAAGACGUGUCUGAAGGUCAGCGAUUCUUGCAGCGUUUUGAAGCCGAGUAUGGUGUUGUCCAUCCCGCCUUCUUGAUACGCACGUUCAUGGAUGCAGUGAGGAUGGCGGCAGCGGAGUUCAAAUUUUUGUUCGUGUACUUGCACUCGUCGGAGCACGUGAGCACACCCGGGUUCUGUAGGGAAGUGCUAUGUGAUCCGAGUGUGGUAGAAUUUCUGAGCGAGAACUUUGUCGUGUGGGGAGGGGACGUGAGGGGAGCAGAGGGGUUUCAAAUGACGCAUAACAUGAAGGCGUCGACUUUCCCAUACAUGGCGGUGGUAUCGGGCUCAAGCGGCGGUGGACUGACGUCUAGAGUGACGAUGAUGUACCAGAGGGAGGGGGAGGUGACCGCGGAGGAGUUGAUGAGGGAUCUCGCCCGGGUCAUCGAAGAAAGAGGCACCAUGCUCGAGGCGGCGAGGGAGCAGGAGGAGCGCAGAGCACACGAUCGGAUGAUCAGAGAGGAACAGGACGCACUUUACAUGGCAUCGCUUCGGGAAGAUCAGGAUCUGAACUCUCGGUUUUAGCUGUCUUUCUCACUAUUCUUCUUGAUGUGUGAGUUUCGUUUGUUUUUUGUUUCCCGUUCUCACUACCUUGUUUCCGGAAGAGAACUUCCUAUUAUUAUGAUUGUAUUUGGCCGGGAUAGAGGCUGUAUACUUUCAUUCAUUCAUAAUGAUGAUAGGGAGUGAUGAUCGGGGGCAAUAAGGCACAGUCUUGAUGUCCCUGGUUUGGUCAUGGUUGUUGUUUACCGAGAGUCGAAGGCAAUAUACGUUGUCCCAGCGCAAACAGCGGUUAGCAGUGGCGUUAUCAUUUGAAUAGAACAAAAAAAAAAGGAGAAC